UGGGAAAGCAGAUCUUGGAAGAUCACGAUGAGGACCUAGGGCACCUGCCUGUUGACUGUCCCCCUGGCCUGCAGUGACCAUGGCCCCCCGCAAGAGGAGUCGCCAUGGCCUGGGCUUCCUGUGCUGCUUUGGGGGCAGCGACCUCCCCGAGAUCAACCUCCGGGACAAUAACCCUCUGCAGUACCUGGAGUUCUCCGGUCCCAUCCCAAACACGGAGGAGCUCAACGUCCGCUUCGCAGAGCUGGUGGAUGAAUUGGAUCUCACCGACAAGAACCGGGAGGCGGUGUUUGCUCUGCCCCCUGAGAAGAAAUGGCAGAUCUACUGCAGCAAGAAGAAGGAGCAGGAGGACCCCAACAAGAUGGCGACCAGCUGGCCUGACUAUUACAUUGACCGCAUCAACUCCAUGGCUGCGAUGCAGAGUCUGUACAAAUUCGAUGAGGAGGAGAUAGAGAUGAGGAACCAAGUGGUGGAAGCCCUGAAGACGGCUCUCCGGACGCAGCCCAUGAGGUUCGUGACCCGCUUCAUUGAGCUGGAUGGCUUGACCUGUCUGCUGAACUUCCUCCGGAGCAUGGACCACGCCACCUGCGAGAGCCGCAUCCACACCUCCCUCAUCGGCUGCAUCAAGGCUCUGAUGAACAACUCUCAGGGGCGGGCUCACGUGCUGGCGCAGCCCGAGGCCAUCAGCACCAUCGCGCAGAGCCUGCGCACGGAGAACAGCAAGACCAAGGUGGCCGUGCUGGAGAUCCUGGGCGCCGUGUGCCUGGUGCCCGGCGGCCACAAGAAGGUUCUGCAGGCCAUGCUGCACUACCAGGUGUACGCAGCUGAGCGCACGCGCUUCCAGACCCUGCUGAAUGAACUGGACCGAAGCCUGGGCCGGUACCGGGAUGAAGUGAACCUGAAGACAGCCAUCAUGUCCUUUAUCAACGCCGUUCUCAAUGCUGGCGCCGGGGAGGACAAUCUGGAGUUCCGCCUACAUCUACGGUACGAGUUCCUGAUGCUGGGGAUACAGCCUGUGAUUGACAAACUCCGGCAGCACGAGAACGCCAUCCUGGACAAGCAUUUAGACUUCUUCGAGAUGGUCCGGAAUGAGGAUGACCUGGAGCUAGCCAGGAGGUUUGACAUGGUCCACAUCGACACCAAGAGUGCUUCCCAGAUGUUUGAGCUGAUCCACCGGAAGCUGAAGCACACGGAGGCCUACCCCUGCCUGCUGUCUGUCUUGCACCACUGCCUGCAGAUGCCCUACAAGCGGAAUGGCGGCUACCUGCAACAGUGGCAGCUCCUGGACCGCAUCCUACAGCAGAUUGUCCUCCAGGAUGAGCGGGGCGUGGACCCUGACCUGGCUCCCUUGGAGAACUUCAACGUCAAGAACAUCGUCAACAUGCUCAUCAAUGAGAAUGAAGUGAAGCAGUGGCGAGACCAGGCAGAGAAGUUCCGGAAAGAACACACGGAACUGGUGAGCAAGCUGGAGAGAAAGGAGCGAGAGUGUGAGACAAAGACUCUGGAGAAGGAAGAGAUGAUGCGGACGCUGAACAAGAUGAAGGACAAGCUGGCCCGAGAGUCCCAGGAGCUGCGCCAGGCUCGGGGACAAGUGGCUGAGCUGGUAUCCCAACUCAGUGAGAUCUCAACAGGACCUGUAUCUUCCCCACCUCCCCCUGGAGGCCCACUUACCUUGACUUCCUCGUUGACAACCAAUGACCUGCCUCCACCUGCACCCCCUUUACCAUUCACCUGCUGUCCCCCACCGCCACCACCCCUUCCACCUGGUGGGCCUCCCACUCCCCCUGGCGCCCCACCUUGCUUCGGCAUUGGCCUGCCUGUCCCUCCAGACCCUUUCCCCAGCAGUGAUGUCUCACUCAGGAAGAAGUGUGUCCCCCAACCUUCCCACCCACUGAAGUCCUUCAACUGGGUCAAGCUGAAUGAGGAGCGUGUCCCUGGCACCGUAUGGAAUGAGAUUGAUGACAUGCAGAUAUUUCGGAUUCUGGACCUACAGGACUUUGAGAAAAUGUUCUCAGCCUAUCAGAGGCACCAGGAGCUGAUAACUAAUACUUCUCAACAGAAAGAGUUGGGCUCCACGGAGGACAUCUACCUGGCCUCCCGCAAGGUCAAAGAGCUGUCGGUCAUUGACGGCCGGAGGGCGCAGAACUGCAUCAUCCUGCUCUCCAAGUUGAAGCUCUCUAACGAGGAGAUCCGCCAGGCCGUCCUGAAGAUGGACGAGCAGGAGGACCUCGCCAAGGACAUGCUGGAGCAGCUCCUCAAGUUCAUCCCGGAGAAGAGUGACAUUGACCUCCUCGAGGAGCACAAGCAUGAGAUCGAGCGGAUGGCCCGCGCUGACCGCUUCCUCUAUGAAAUGAGCAGGAUCGACCACUACCAGCAGCGUCUGCAGGCCCUCUUCUUCAAGAAGAAGUUCCAGGAGCGGCUGGCGGAGGCCAAGCCCAAAGUGGAAGCCAUCCUGCUGGCCUCCCGGGAGCUGGUCCGCAGCAGGCGUCUGAAGCAGAUGCUGGAGAUCGUCCUGGCCAUCGGGAACUUCAUGAACAAGGGGCAGCGUGGGGGCGCCUACGGGUUCCGGGUGGCCAGCCUCAACAAGAUCGCCGACACCAAGUCCAGCAUCGACAGGAACAUCUCUCUGCUCCAUUACCUGAUCAUGAUCCUGGAGAAGCACUUCCCCGACAUCCUGAACAUGCCCUCGGAACUGCAGCAUCUUCCAGAAGCCGCCAAAGUCAACCUGGCAGAGCUGGAGAAGGAGAUAGGCAACCUCAGGAAGGGCCUCAGAGCGGUCGAGGUGGAGCUGGAAUAUCAGAAACGCCAGGCGCGGGAACCAAAUGACAAGUUCGUCCCCGUCAUGAGCGACUUCAUCACGGUGUCCAGCUUUAGCUUCUCAGAGCUGGAGGACCAGCUCAGUGAGGCCCGGGACAAGUUCUCCAAGGCCCUGGUGCACUUUGGGGAGCAGGACAGCAAGAUGCAGCCAGACGAAUUCUUUGGCAUCUUCGACACCUUCCUGCAGGCCUUCUCAGAGGCCCGGCAGGACCUGGAGGCCAUGAGGAGGAAGAAGGAGGAGGAGGAGCGGCGGGCGCGCAUGGAAGCAAUGCUGAAGGAGCAGCGGGAGCGGGAGCGGUGGCAGCGGCAGCGGAAGGUCCACACGGGCAACACUCUGGAGGAGGGCGGCGAGUUCGACGACCUGGUGUCAGCCCUGCGCUCUGGGGAGGUCUUUGACAAGGACUUGUGCAAGCUCAAGCGCAGCCGCAAGCGAUCAGGGAACCUGGCCCUGGAAGUCACCCGGGAGCGGGCAAUCAACAGGCUAAACUGUUGACUUGGGCACUGGCCGCACAGGAGGCCAGGAGACAGGGAUGGCCAGGGGCUGAGUGGAGGAGGCGGGACACUUAACCACAUGGUGCUCGGCUGAGAGCCCUGGGCUGGGUCCUGGGGUGUGGCUGUGUGAGGCAGGACCAGGCGUCUCCCACAUGUACCUGAGGGGCUCCUCCCUCUCCUCUUCCCAUUACUCGUCCUGCUUCCGGGCCCCAGGAUCACCCUCCGAGGCCCACUGGGACGUCCCUGGCAGGCUCGGCACCCACAUGUUGGCACAGAGCUGCCCAGAUCCAGCCUGGACAGGUCCCUGGCUCUUGCUCAGCUAUCAUGUGCAGUGGGCAGUACCUGGGAGGUGGGCACCCCGAGAGCCAGGUGAGAGAUCCAGGCUCCCAGCCCUCAAGAGGCGGCUAAUGGGGCAUAGACCUGGGAGCCCACUGCCCUCUUGAUGGAGAAGGAAGAGGCGCUAUGUAUCCUGGAUGUGCUCUAGGAAAGAUGCUGAGGGUACCACAGGGACCAAGUCGUCAGGACACAGAGUAGCAGAGCCUGUCUCCUCCAUCACCACUCACUCCAGCCUCUCGCAUGUCUAAGCCUCCCCCUUCCUUCCCACUGCCACCUCCAUCCUGUCUACUAACCCAGAAUCCCACCUAUGGGUUCCCUGGCUACUGCUCCCCAUCAGGUACUUGAUGCAUCUGCUAAGGGAAGGGUUGCAACAGAGACCCGCCUUAUCACCAUACUUUGUGCCUUGGGCGUAGGGACCCUGGGCCAUGGUCCUGAGAGAGGGUGACCUCACACAGCCCUGCACCAGAGCUUUCUGGUCUACCCUCAUGUCACUCAGACCCCACACUCUUUCUGACGUCUGCCUCAGGGCAGAAGCUGCGGUGACCUCCAUCCUGUCCAGCACACAGGAGACCCCCUCAAACCAUGUGUGCCUGGCUGGCUGAGGCUGGUCCUGGAGUCAGUUCCCGGGAGGGUCCUGAGGGCCAGGCUGCCCUCUGCAUUUGCACACCAUCUCCGAGGUGUCUCCUCCUCUGAGGCCAUCAGGCCUGGGCCGGCGCAGGCGGGGAAGCGAGGGAGACGGGGUGGGGGAGGCUGACUUCCCUGGGGAGGGCACUGCCUGAAAGGCCACCCCCCAUCAUCGGUACCUGAUUGGUUCUUCAACCUGCCCGCCCAGGGGCUCACUCUGGUCCUCCUGUCCGUUCCCAUUUCCCAUUCUGCAUCUUGAGCGGGUGAGUCGAUGGCUGUAUCUAAGCAAAAUGCUGUCUUCUAAAGGAGGUGAGGUCACUUCCAUCAGGACUCUUAUUUUCAACAUACCCCCCCCCAACCCAGAGUUCACCUUUCGUCCUGCCUGCACCCCAUCCAGGGGUUCCUCGCCUCCUGUUCUCCUGACCCUCCCUUUAUGUUUCUGCCCUUCUAACCUGCUCCUGGCUCAGGCUCAGGCUCAGGACUAUUGCCAGUGGACAGACUGGUGGGCUGGGCCCACGCUCCAGCUGCCUCUUUUCCCUACAUCAGACCCCUGGGGGUGGGGCCAUAGUUGCUUCCAGGGAAGAAACAGGGUUGGUGAGCCCAGCAUGUGUGUUGGUUCGAGGGGGAGAAUUAGAGCAAACGCAAGUCUGGCCAGGACCUGGGCGCAGGGCCAUCCCGGAGCCCAGGUGAGGGCAAGGUGAAGGCUUCCAGGAAGAGCUGCGGGGGCUGAUACCAUCCGCACAGCCAGGAGCCCCGCUGAGGGCAGGCGUGGGGAUGAGGGAAGGUGGUAGGUGGGGCCUCUAGACUCCUCUCCCCAUCUGGCUGGGGUGCAGCUCACCCACGGGGCAGGGCACAGGGCGGGCUCCACUGCCAUCCAACAGGUGUGCCACGUCCCGGCCUCGCCACCCGCCACGGAGACUGGAUGUGCCCCACGGAAGACAAGGAGUAUGGAAGCUGAUGGAGACACGUGGGAUGCGCAGGAAAGCAGUUUGACCCUAUAGGGGACACAUACAUUGUUCCAGGGUUCUGGCUUCUCACCCCGAUUUUCCCUUCUCUAUUUAUUAUUUUCAAGAUCUGGCCAGUGGUUCUGGCACCAGACACGGUUGUGGCCAGAUCUCCAAGAGUGCCUUGGACCAGACCAUCGCGGCUAAGGGGCUAGCGCCCCGUGGAGACGGCUGCGCUGGUCCUCGAUAUGCCACAUGUUUACGCCCAUGUUUGUUCCUUGGUCUCUUCCGGUGCCCUUCCUGCCACCCCCGGGUGAAUGCCUCCCGCUGUCUAAUUUUGUGUCCAGUGUAAAAUCCAAUUAACCUAAGGCAACCUGUCCCGUUCAGCAGCAGUACCCCCUCCCGUGAUGGAAGUAAGGUGUGUCUAUGGCAAUGGGAGGAGCAAAUUCUCCAGGGGCAGGGACGGGGCUGGCCCAGGCUCCCCCCAGCCCCAUCCUGUUUCCAUCCACUGGGGAGCGGUGGCCGCUCCCCCGCCUCUACCUGGGCUGCCUUCUUGCCAAGGCCGCUGUCGCCAGCGGUCUCAGAGGACAAAUGAGGCUCAUGUACGAAAUCGGCAGCGUCCUUUUUACCCACACCUUUUUUAUAAGAAUAUAUUGUAAUACUAAAAAAUAUUAAACCCAUACCACCCCAUCCUGCCUUGAAA